AUGGAAACCAGCACGAGAAAAUUCACAGUCAGGAGAUGGUUUUCUAUCUAUCUGAAGAACAAGGCGGCAAGGAACAAGAACAACACUGGCUUCUGUCAACUAGAGGAUGACAGUAUACUUAAGGAGAUUGACAUCAGCCACCAUGUUAAGGAGGGUUGUGAGAAAGCAGACCCCUCUCAGUUCCAGCUGCUCAAAGUGUUGGGACAGGGCUCCUAUGGAAAGGUGUUUCUGGUGAGAAAGAUCAGAGGAGUGGACAGAGGGCAGCUGUAUGCCAUGAAGGUCCUGAAGAAAGCCACACUAAAAGUUCGUGAUCGUGUGCGAUCUAAGAUGGAAAGAGACAUUCUGGCAGAAGUGAACCAUCCAUUUAUAGUUAAACUGCACUAUGCCUUCCAGACAGAGGGAAAGCUCUACCUGAUCCUAGACUUCCUCCGAGGAGGAGACCUAUUCACUCGACUGUCAAAGGAGGUAAUGUUUACAGAGGAGGAUGUGAAGUUCUACCUUGCAGAGUUGGCCCUGGCCUUGGACCAUCUACACAGUCUGGGGAUCAUCUACAGGGACCUGAAACCUGAAAAUAUUCUUCUUGAUGAAGAAGGCAACAUUAAGAUAACUGACUUUGGGUUGAGUAAGGAGGCCAUUGACCAUGAUAAAAGAGCAUAUUCGUUCUGUGGAACAAUAGAGUACAUGGCUCCAGAGGUUGUGAACAGGAGAGGGCACACACAAAGUGCUGACUGGUGGUCAUUUGGGGUACUUAUGUUUGAGAUGUUGACAGGAUCAUUACCAUUCCAGGGAAAAGAUCGGAAGGAAACAAUGGCACUUAUUCUUAAGGCUAAGCUGGGAAUGCCACAGUUCCUCAGUCCUGAAGUGCAGAGUUUAUUAAGAGCGCUCUUCAAGAGGAACCCUGCUAAUCGACUAGGUGCUGGACCAGAUGGAGUGGAGGAAAUAAAAAGACAUCGCUUCUUUGCAUCUAUAGACUGGAUUAAGUUGUACAGAAAGGAAAUGAGGCCUCCAUUCAAACCGACAGUUGGAAGACCUGAAGACACUUUCCAUUUUGACCCUGAGUUUACCUCAAGAACACCCACUGAUUCUCCGGGCAUCCCUCCCAGUGCAAACACACACCAGCUGUUUCGUGGCUUCAGCUUUGUUGCAACGAAUCAAAGUCAGGAGCCUAGCGUUGCUACGGUAGCACCUUCUCGUCAGGAGGUGAACAACAUCAAUCCCAUCACAAAGCACCUCAAAGGGGACGUGGCCUUCAGUGAUGUUUAUGAGCUCAAGGAGGAGGUUGGACAGACAGCGACUUCUGUCUGCAGAAGUUGUCGGCACAGAGUUACUGCUGUGGAGUAUUCAGUGAAGAUCAUUGACAGAACCAGGAAAGAUCCAUCAGAGGAGAUUGAGAUCCUGUUAAGAUACGGACAGUAUCCAAAUAUUAUUACCCUGAAGGAUGUGUUUGACGACGGCCAAAGUGUGUACCUAGUGCAGGAUUUACUGAGAGGAGACGAGCUGCUGGACAGAACUCUGACGGUGCCAAACUUCACAGAAAGAGAUGCAUCAGACAUCAUCUGCACUCUGACCAAGACUGUGGAAUAUUUACACUCGCAAGGGGUCGUGCAUCGAGACCUGAAGCCUAGUAACAUUCGCUAUUCUGAUGACAGUGGACUCCCAGAAUGCAUCAGGAUAUGUGAUUUUGGUUUUGCCAAACAGCUCAGGGCUGAGAAUGGCUUGUUGAUGACUCCCUGUUACACAGCUACGUUCAUGGCUCCUGAGGUUCUGAAGAAGCAGGGUUAUGAUGCAGCCUGUGACAUCUGGAGCCUGGGGAUCCUGCUUUACACCAUGAUAGCUGGCUUCAGUCCAUUUGCCAGCAGCUCUGAGGAUACAGCAGAGGAAAUUCUGGCUCAAAUCGGCUGCGGAAAAUUCAUUAUAACAGGAGGGAACUGGGACCUGGUAUCAGACGCUGCCAAGGAAAUUGUGAUGAAGAUGCUCCAUGUGGACCCUCACCAGCGCCUGACUGCCCCACAGGUUCUUCGUCAUCCCUGGAUUGUGGACAGAGACCAGCUCUCUGACAGAGCUCUCACCAGGCAAAAUGCUCUUACUGUCAAGGGGGCCCUGUCUGCCACCUACUCUGCUCUGAAGCGCUGUGCUCCUGCUCCAGUACUGGAGCCGGUUCAGUCCUCCAGUCUGGCUCAACGGCGAGGAAUGAAGAAAUUUGGGAGUCCCAAACUUAAUUCAGACCCCAAAGAAAAGGAAAAGCCUCAACAAUCUGAAUGA